AUAUAUUCCUUCCUUGUUUUGUUAAGUAUCAUGUAAAUGAAAUUGACAUCCCCCAACAGCUGUAAAGUGUAAAACGAUGAAUUUCAUGAAUUCCCAAACGACACCCCUGUGAUCUGGGUAUAAGAAUAAUGACCGGGACAAGGAUUCUAUGCGCCCUUCUGCUAUUAGUCCUGCCCGGGGGUCAUGGACUUUGUCCGAGUAAGAAUGGGACGGAUGUAGAUUGGUGGAUUAUCUACCAACAGCGGUCCAUGCCGUUCUUUCAUUUCUAUGUGGAUAGUACCAGCAAUUCGGAUGUGUCGUACCACCGCCCCGAGGCGCCAGACAGCGCCCUUUCCAGGGCAGUCACCCUGGUCACCAAUGGCGCCCUCCCCCAGUAUUUCCUGUACUCUUACGACCUGAUCAACAUCAUGGACGUGUCCAACAGCAUGCCAUUCCCAACACACAGCAAAUGGAUGCAGGGGUUAUUAGCAAGUGAUGGUGGUACUGAGAAAGGGUUUUGGAUUCUGCACAAUAAUUUUCUAUUUCCCGCCAUGAAAGAUGGCGAGUUGCUGUUGCCAGAGUCCCAUUUUUGGAGAGCGGUGACCAUUGGAAGCAGUAGCGAGGAUCUGUUUUACAUAUGUCUGUCGUUAGAAAAUCGAGAGAGCUUACUCGAUGGCGUAAAAAGCAUACUAGCUGGAAACCCCUUUAUAUACCACAAAAGGCUUAAUGAUUUAAAUCUGGAAAAGUACUUCACCGAAAUCAAAGACAGAAACCAACCAUUUUCAUCGCUGGCUUCCGCUAAUAUUUUCAUGGAAUGCUUGACGGCUACAGAUGAAGCCAAACGUUAUCGAUGCCUGUACCAAUUCCAAACCAAAAAUGUGGACCCCAUCCAGGUGUACACCCGACCCAGGGGGGUGAUGCAGGGCGGGAAACGAUUCUGUUACAAUCAACAAUCAAGUUCAUUGUUUGAAUUUGUGGGCGUGUCAAAUUCAAAUCCAACAAAUAGCAUAUCGUCCAAUAACAUGUUUGCGAUUUCCGACGAUGUGACGUCACAGCAGUAUGGUGUCGUCUGCUUUGGUCAGGAUGUUGCUGCCAGCGCUGAUACUGUGGCAGUAAUGAUAUGCGGUAAACUUCCAGGAUUAUGGCGUUCAAUGGUACAAUCUUCUAAGCUUACCAACUGGGGAUGUCCGAUUCAUGGUUUCGAGAGAAAGCAGGACGUCAAACAAACAGAGCAUCUACAAUUACCGGGUCCCCGGCAUCAUGGCAUCCCGUCUCCUCUCUCCCAAUCAGUGACCUCUCAAUCCCAAGUCCCGGAAGUCCGACGACUAAGGCGUGACGUCACAUCCGUGUCUGAAAAACAACGUCAACCAAAGGUACCACUACCAGAAGCCGAAAACAAAGAGCAUAGAGUACAAACAGAGAAAAAGGAUCACACAAAUCAACACAAGAGGCCAAAGAGGGAGGCACCAAAGGCAUUUGAUCAUCCCAAGAAAAAAGAAGUAGAUUUCAAGCAGUCCCAAAAUGGUCUUGAGAAGUUUUUCAGAUACGAGAACAGGGAGGAUGCAGGAGAAGACAGAACUAAUGCAAAACUGGAAAGGUACAUGGAUAUAAAAAUGCCGUUUGAAAAACCAUCGCGGGAAAAAGAGCCUCCAAAGACGUUGGUAAAAGUUGUCACAUCGGACGAAUUCGAACGCUUUGUGCUGAAUAACAGGAAACAACUUCUAGCUAUCUUCUGCCGGAAAGGUUGUAGGUACUGUGCAUCGGCGGAGCCAGAAUUCCAUAUGUUGAUUAACCACUUUCUAAAGGAAGACGUUGAAUUCUAUCACGUGGAUGUGGGAGAAGUUGAGAUGCCCUACCAGCUGGAGGUAUCCUGGACCCCGUACGUAAGAUUUAAGCCAAGGGGAGUAACUGAGUUGUUCCCCUAUCAGUGGAAGGACUUCAGCGGGGAAGCCUACGACUUCCGCUCCCUUUACAAGUUCCUGGAUGAGCAUGUGGAAAGAAUAGAGAAAAACCAGAAAUCACGCGGAAGAUCCGAUGUAGAUGAACAAGCCUAUUACCCUUGAAGAAAUGAAGGAUUUCUGUGACAUUAAAACAAUUCAUGAUAUUUAUUUCUUUGAUAUUCCAUAUAAUUCAUUUAAAAUUUAAAAAAAAGCUUACAAUGCUUUGUUAACUUAAAAGAAUAUAUUAACCUUAUUAGCAUGAUCAACUGACAGUUAUUGUUUCAUAAUGGAGGAAUGGAUUUUUAAAUAUGUAUAAAUAAAUUCAAAAUAAAUCUUCAAAUACAU